AUGCCUGCAGGGGAAUGGCAUUGUGAGAAAAGGGAUUAUCUAAAGAACGAAUCUUUUACGAAAGACAACGGUAAUGUGCCAGAAACUGGGUGUCUGAAGAAAAAUGGCUAUGGCCAUGCCAAGCGGAGGAUUAAUAGCAGAACAAGCAUGGCGCAGAGAGAAGAUGUAAUCAGGAGGACAAUUUAUGUUUCUGACAUCGAUCAUCGGGUGGUUGGAGGGAUUGAUAGCCAAAGUGGAAUUUUAAACUAUUCAAGUUGUCUUAAAUUUCGUUGUAUGUGGAAAUUGGGAGGAGGACUACAGUACUUGGGAUUGGAUGGAAAGAAAAGUUCAUUUUCAUUUGAUGUAACAAGGAGAGCAACAUACUGUGAGUUGACUGCUGUUGAGGAAACUAAUUUCCUUGAAGGCCUGGAUAUUGGCGUACAUUCUCUUGCUAAGGAAUUCCAAGUCUAUACAACCAUUUUUGAAUUUUAUUCUGUGAAAAUAUAUUAUAUCUGGUGUUUAAAGCCUACUAUAUUCGAAAGGGCACUUGGAAGAGAGAGUGAGAGAGAGGGUGCUGAUGAAUACGAAGAUUUGACUAAUCCUAACAGCUCAGUUUAUAGAAACUGUAUAUGCCUCCGUUGCUUUGUUCAGAACUUCUUGGCUGUGUAUACGUCAUUGUUUCGCAGAGGAGAAGAACAUGUCUCCGGUUCAUCGACUCUGGGGACGGCAUCUUUGAAUUCGGUUGCAUCACUUGAUAACUCUCUAGAUGAUAUGUACCGCUCUCCUCCAAGGCCUCUGCCUUAUGAUGCAGAUCCAAGAUAUUUUCGCUUGCAACGGGACGGACUGGUCUCAAGGAGGGAGAAAGGCUCAAGUCAUUUGCACGAGGAAACUGAGCCGUUGAGAAGAAAUGAAGUUGAUGAAGAGCCUGUGCCUUUGAGGAACACAAACAAAUGGAAUGACUAUACAUGUGAAGAAGAAUCUAAAGAUUACAAUUCAAAAUAUUCACUGAAUCUCUCAACAGCUAAAUCAAAGACAGGUUUUGAUCAUGUUUACACUUCUUCAGAAGAUGAAGAUGUCUGCCCCACAUGUCUUGAAGAGUAUACUACAGAAAACCCAAAGAUUAUGACAAAAUGUUCUCACCAUUUCCACCUUGGUUGUAUAUAUGAGUGGAUGGAAAGAAGUGAUAACUGUCCAGUUUGUGGCAAGGUGAUGGCAUUCGAUGAGACUCCUUGA